AGUAGUAUGACCGGCACCAGUAACUCAAGUCCUCCUAACUCAUCGGGAUCAUCACCGUCUCCGGUGGCUGCGGGCUUACCGUAAACGGAUCCAACUCAACAGGGAACAACCACCUUUCAGUAUCUCCUCCAUCAUCAUGUGUUACCCCGAGCACCAAUCACCGUGAACCGGACCCCAAUACCAUUAAGAUGUUUGUUGGACAGAUUCCAAGGGAUUGGUCUGAGGCUGAAUGCCGAGCUCUUUUUGAAGAAUUUGGUGAAAUUUAUUCCUUAAAUGUACUCAAAGAUAAAUCCUCUGGACUCAGUCGGGGCUGUUGUUUUGUUACUUUUUUUUCGAGAAAGUCAGCUCUUGACGCUCAAAAUGCUCUCCAUAAUAUUAAAACAUUGCCUGGAAUGCAUCAUCCCAUCCAAAUGAAACCAGCUGAUAGUGAGAACCGUAAUGAAAGAAAACUUUUCAUCGGUAUGUUAUCAAAAAAGUAUUCAGAAACUGAGGUCAAACUCAUGUUUGCUCCUUAUGGAAUCAUUGAAGAGUGCACAGUUCUUAGAGAUGCUAAUGGGCUCAGUAAAGGCUGUGCUUUCGUAACCUUUACCUCACGACAAUGUGCAGUUAAUGCUAUUAGAGCAAUGAAUCACAGUCAAACAAUGGAAGGCUGUUCUUCGUCUUUGGUUGUUAAAUUCGCUGAUACCCAAAAAGAUAAAGAUGCCCGAAAACAGCAACAAAUUUUAAUGCAACAUCUAGCAGCAGCAGCGGUUGUCCAUCAACACCAAGCAACUACACCAGCACCAGUUGCUCUUACCACAACCGCAACUAACCCUUAUUUAGCUUUAGCUGCAGCUGCAGUCUCAGCUCAACAGCACCAAGCUCAACAACAACACAUUGCUGCAGCAACUUUAGCCAUGCAACAACAGUUAUAUCUUAAGAUGAAUUUGUAAAUCUUAUUUAUUUGC